GCUCUCCAUUCAGUGCCCUUCGCGCUGCGCUCAGCUCGUUGUCGCCGCGGUCGCGUCCUCGGAAUGUCCCCGAGCGGAGCUCCCGCCGCUGGCAGUCGCAGCUCGUAGGCGGGCUGGGGAAGCCCUUUCUUUUCCGUGCGUCCGGGAUGGCGGGUGCGUGACCCGGAGUGAGGACUGAGGAGCAGACUCGUGGGACAGCCGGCUCGCAAGGCAAAGUCAGCCAGGAGGUAGCCUCGCCAUGGAAGCGCAGACGGCAGCCGCGGCCGCGGGAUCGGCGGCUCCUCCUGGCCCCGGCGCGGCGGCCCCCUCGGAGCCCUCCAAGGAUACGGACCGCCAGCUGCGCCUUCGCCUCUGCGUCCUCAACGAGAUCCUGGGCACGGAGCGGGACUACGUGGGCACCCUGCGCUUCCUGCAGUCGGCGUUUCUGCACCGAAUUAGACAGAAUGCCGUGGACAAAGCUGAGAAGUACAUAACAGAAGAAAAUGUCAAGAUUUUAUUUUCCAACCUAGAAGAUAUUCUUGGUGUUCACAAGGACUUCCUGGCUUCCCUGGAAUAUUGUUUACAGCCAGAACCUCAGUCGCAGCAUGAACUAGGAGAUGUUUUCUUAAAAUUUAAAGACAAGUUCUUUGUAUAUGAGGAAUAUUGCAGCAACCAUGAAAAAGCACUCAGGCUCUUGAUGGAACUGAACAAGAUCCCACCAGUGAGAGCAUUCCUAUUGAGUUGCAUGCUUUUAGGAGGCAGAAAGACGACAGACAUUCCACUGGAAGGUUACCUGCUCACUCCAAUCCAGCGAAUUUGCAAAUAUCCACUUCUCCUGAAGGAACUGGCCAAGAGAACACCCACUAAACACCCAGAUUACCAAGCAGUCCACAAUGCAUUGCAGGCAAUGAAGACGGUGUGCACCAAUAUCAAUGAGACCAAGAGGCAGAUGGAGAAGCUGGAGGCCCUUGAGCAACUACAGUCUCACAUUGAAGGAUGGGAGGGAUCUAACUUGACAGACAUCUGCACCCAGCUCCUGCUCCAAGGUACCUUGUUAAAAAUCUCAGCAGGAAACAUCCAGGAGAGAACAUUCUUUCUUUUCGACAACCUUCUGGUCUACUGCAAGCGGAAAUCCAGAGUUGCUGGGAAAAAGACAUCUAAGCGCACCAAGUCGAUCAAUGGAUCCCUUUACAUCUUCAGGGGCCGAAUAAACACCGAAGUCAUGGAGGUUGAGAAUGUAGAAGAUGGGACAGCAGAUUACCACAGCAACGGUUAUACGGUGACAAAUGGGUGGAAGAUUCACAACACUGCCAAAAACAAAUGGUUUGUCUGUAUGGCCAAGACAGCCGAGGAUAAGCAGAAAUGGCUGGAUGCUAUUAUCAAGGAACGGGAACAGAGAGAAAGUCUGAAGUUAGGCAUGGAGCGGGAUGCGUAUGUCAUGAUCGCCGAGAAAGGGGAGAAGCUGUAUCACAUGAUGGCGAACAAGAAAGUGAACCUUAUCAAAGACAGGAGGAGAAAAUUAAGCACUGUUCCCAAGUGCUUUCUUGGCAAUGACUUUGUAUCUUGGCUCAUUGAAAUCGGAGAGAUAAGCAAACCAGAGGAAGGGGUCAACCUGGGACAAGCUCUGUUGGAGAAUGGCAUCAUUCAUCAUGUUUCAGAUAAGCACCAGUUCAAGAAUGAGCAAGUGAUGUACAGGUUUCGUUAUGAUGAUGGGACUUACAAACCCAGGAGUGAAUUGGAAGAUAUCAUGUCUAAGGGUGUGAGGCUCUACUGCCGGCUGCACAGUCUUUACACUCCAGUGAUAAAAGACCGAGACUACCACUUGAAAACUUACAAGUCAGUGAUCCCAGCAAGUAAGCUAGUGGAUUGGCUGAUUGCUCAGGGAGACUGUCAGACGAGGGAGGAAGCUGUCGCAAUGGGUGUUGGACUCUGCAACAAUGGCUUCAUGCACCAUGUACUGGAGAAGAGUGAAUUCAAAGACGAGUCUCAGUAUUUCCGGUUUCAUGCUGAUGAGGAGAUGGAAGGUACCAGUUCCAAGAGCAAACCCUUACGAAAUGACUUCAAGCUCAUUGAAAACAUUUUAGCGAAAAGCUUGCUGGUUUUGCCAGAAGAGGAUGACUAUGGCUUUGACAUUGAAGAAAAAAAUAAAGCCAUCGUGGUGAAGUCUGUUCGUCGAGGGUCACAUGCAGAGAUGGCUGGCUUGCAGGUUGGAAGGAAAAUCUAUUCUAUUAAUGAAGACCUGGUAUUCCUGCGUCCAUUCCAAGAGGUGGAGACUCUCUUGAACCAGUCCUUCUGCUCUCGGAGGCCUCUUCGGCUUCUUGUGGCAACCAAGUCUAAAGAGAUUAUCAAAAUCCCGGAUUGCAGUGAAACAUUGUGCUUCCAAAUUCGGGGAGUAGCACCACCGUAUGUCCAUGCUGUGGGUCGAGGCUCAGAAGCUGCGGCUGUGGGGCUUCACCCAGGGCAGUGUGUUUUGAAAGUGAAUGGUAAUAAUGUGAUGAAUGAAAAUUACACGGAGGUUCUGGAGCACUUUACAGCCUACAGGAACAGGCAGCAAGAAUUUCUGGGUUUGUACCAGUGGGUUUACCGAACUCAUGAAGAUGCUGAAGAGGACAGAGCUCAGCAGUCAGACACUUCCAACUCAUACCUAAAUGGAAGUCAUUCUGAGUCUUGCAAAGGAAGCCUCUCAAUUGAAGAAAAUGCAGACCUCGAUCCUCUUAACAGCAGCCAAGAAGAAGAAGGUUUGUCCCUCCAGAAUUUUGGCCCUCCUCUGAUCAUCAGAGAAGACACUCCUCUCAUCAGCUUAACAGUGGACAAUGUUCACCUGGAGCAUGGUGUCGUGUACGAAUACGUCAGCACUGCUGGGAUCAGAUGUUUUGUCCUGGAGAAGACUGUUGAGCCAAGGGGGUCCUUCAGUCUCACUGCAAAGAUUUUAGAGGCCUUUGCUAUCGACGACACUUGCUUUGUGAGGAACUGCAGGAGGCUCAUGUCCCUCAGCAGUGCUGUGGUUCGGACCAUGCCCCAGUAUGAAUUCCGGCAGAUUUGUGACACAAAAUUGGAGAGUAUCAGCAGAAGGAUUGCCUGCUAUGAAGAGUUUUCAGAUGAGUUGAAAACGAAGGUGAGCCCAUCCUUCAAGCAAGCCACAAUGGACCCUCACCCCCUGAAGAGUAUGGAUUUCUGCCCCACCAACUGCCACAUUAACCGCAUGGAAGUGUCAUACCCCAAAAACACUACCUCAAUGGCAAGGUCGUUCAGCAUUCGCAUUGGACGGAAGCCUUCUAUUAUUGGCCUUGAUCCAGAACAAGGAAGCCUAAAUCCAGUCUCAUACACCCAGCACUGCAUAACCACCAUGGCUGCACCAUCAUGGAGGUGUUUAACUUCAGAAAAUGGGGAUUGCAACUUACAAGGAGAAUAUGAUGGUUGCUACAACCAAGAGAAUGGAGGAACCACUCAGGAGGAAAGGGGACUUAGCUUUCUGCUGAAGCAAGAAGAUCGAGAGAUACAGGACUCUUAUUUGCAGCUCUUCAACAAACUGGAUAUAGCAGUUAAGGAAAUGAAGCAAUACGUCUUUCAGAUAAAUAAGCUUUUGUCUACCAUAACUGAACCCACAACAGCUGGACCAUGUGAGCCACCUUACACAGAGGAGACACCCCCAACAUCCUUGGUAUCAGAGGACGGUGAUAUUGACAGAGUGGAGCAUGGGAUGAAAAAAGUUUGUUUCAAAGUAUCUGAGGAGGACCAGGAAGAUUCAGGGCAUGAUACAAUGAGCUACAGAGACUCCUACAGUGAGUGUAAUAGCAACAGAGACUCGGUGCUUUCCUACACCAGUGUGAGAAGUAACAGCUCUUACUUGGGUAGCGAUGAGAUGGGAUCAGGCGAUGAACUUCCCAGUGACAUGAGAAUACCUUCGGAUAAACAAGACAAGCUUCACGGCUGCCUUGAGCAUCUUUUUAACCAGGUGGAUGCUAUCAAUGCCCUUCUCAAAGGACCAGUAAUAAGCAAGGCUUUUGAAGAAACCAAGCAUUUUCCAAUGGACCACAGUUUGCAAGAAUUUAAACAGAAAGAAGAAACCACAAUUCGGAGCAGGAAUAAGAUUCAAAUCAGCAUCCAAGAAGAUCCCUGGAACCUUCCGCUCCGCAUCAAGAACCUUGUCGAGACCAUACAAAAAUAUGUGGAAGAUGGGAAAAAUCAGCUGCUUUUGGCCUUGCUGAAAUGCACAGACACAGAAUUGCAGCUGAGGAGAGAUGCCAUCUUCUGCCAGGCUCUGGUGGCUGCCGUUUGCACCUUCUCUGAGCAGUUACUAGGUGCUCUCAACUAUAGAUACAAUAACAACGGGGAGUACGAAGAGAGCAGCAGGGAAGCCAGCAAGAAGUGGCUCGAGCAGAUAGCAGCUACUGGGGUGUUGCUCAACUAUCAUUCCUUGCUCUCCCCCAGCAUGAAAGAGGAGCGGACCAUGUUGGAAGAUAUCCAGGCCACCCUCUCAGAGCUGGACAAGGUCGCCUUUUUUUUCAAGCAGCUGGAUGAGUGUUUUGUAGCAAAUACUCAUGUCUUCUAUCAUGUCGAAGGAAAUCGGCAGGUUUUGAAGGUGAUUUUUUAUCUGGACAGUUACUACUUUUCCAGACUACCUUCUCGGUUUCAGAACGGGGGAAGCCUGAAGCUGCAUGCGGUGCUCUUUACAAAAGGCCUUGAAAACCUGGAAGGCCAGUCCCAGCCAGAUGGCUCUUCAGAAGAGCUUCAGCAGCAAAUCAAUUCCGCCUCUCUUGUGAAGGUGCAACAGUAUUAUCGCAAACUCAGGACGUUUUACCUUGAGAGAUCCAACUUGCCCACAGAUUCCAAUACCACAGCAGUGAAGAUUGACCAGCUUAUUCGUCCUAUUAAUGCCAUGGAAGAGCUGUGCAGACUGAUGAAGACUUUUGUCAGUACAAAAGUCCCUUAUGUAUCAGGAGCUGGCUUGCUACCUAUAUCCUCCGAAUUCUGUUAUCGUCUUGGAGCCUGCCAGAUUGUCAUGUGUGGCACCGGAAUGCAAAGGAGUACAUUGAGUGUCUCCUUGGAGCAAGCAGCUAUCUUGGCUCGAAGUCAUGGACUCUUACCCAAGUGUAUCAUGCAGGCAACAGAUAUAAUGAGAAAACAAGGACCAAGGGUUGAAAUAUCUGCAAAAAAUCUGAAAGUGAUGGAUCAGAUGCCACAGUCUGCACCCCGAAUCUACAGGUUGUGUCAGCCACCCACAGAUGGAGACUUAUAAAAGUGGAAAAAACGCCUUGUCCCAGAAUCACAGAAGUGUUCAGCAGAGAGGGAUGUUGCCUAAGCACUGAUCCUAUCUUAUGCCAAUGGCGCUGAGUCCAGAAGAGAGAGGACAGUACUGUGUUUUGCACUUCCAGGCAAUCCAGUGCACUAAAAAAAUUGCGUUUUCAUUUCUCUCCAGCCGAAUUACGUGGGCAGGCAUGGUUACCCUCUUUGAGUUUGCUGCAGAAGUUUUCAAAAACAAACCCCUUGGAGUUUGACUCAUGGAACCAUGUUCUUCCCAGUGCCAGGCAAGAACAGGAAGGACAUGGCAGAAAAAACUGCAGUGGAAGGACCUGUGUGGACUUCAAGUUAUGGAUGGGCAAAGCAAAUCUAAGGUGAAGCACAGCUGCCUAUUGCGGUAUUUGGAACAUUCAUUGUGUUGGCCAGUGAUAAGAGCCUCACAAAUAAGAGCCUCACAAACACUCCUUUUAAAAUAUACUGACUUGCACUUUGGAAUUGUGAAUAUAGCACACAUCUCUGGUUUAUUCAGAUUUCUCCUGGAGCCAUUUUCCACUUCAACCCAAUAUGAACCAAACUCUACUCUACCGAGUGUACAUUCCGUAGGACUUUCUACAUGGACUUCUUUUUAACUUUUACUGUAAAGUUCAGGGUUUGCAAUUAACGGUUUUUACUAAUGGUCCAUUAUGUAUUCUGGAAAUACAGUAAUAUUUUACAAAGGAGAUUAACAAUGAAGGAUUUUUUUUUUUUUAAGAAAAGACUUCUGAAAUGGGAAACAAAACACAGCUGUGUGCUCUAAUAAUUUGAACAGAUAACAGUUUUUAAAACAAGGACAGAACUAUACUUAUUUAUGUGGAUUGGAAUAUCUGUUUUUGAACCUGUUACUAGCUAUAGACAAGGUUUAAAUAAAAAAAGUAUUUGUUUCAAAUGGGGCCAAGAUGCUGACAGAUACGCAGUAGAUCCCAGGUCACUGAAAAUAAUGUUACGUUAUUUAAAACCUUUCAGUAUUUAAGUAGUCUUUAAUACAUGGUUUUUUAAUUAAAAAAAACAGAUUACAGUGUAUUAUAAGUUAAAAGAAAACAUGGUUGUAUGUAUAUAUAAUGUACUUGAUUAUUUCCCCCCGUUUUAGAAAUGUUUUCUGUUUGAUCAGUAUUAUCACUAGCAUGGUAAUUUGUUUCCAAAUUACUAGCUGCAAUGUAAUGAAAAAUAUCAGCAAUCUCAGGCCAGAAAUGACAUUAUUUUGGAGUGAGUGCCUUAAAGGAUUUAUCCAUGUUGAUCAAGAGACAAACGACUAAGACACACAAAAAUGAAACUAACAUUGUUCUUUAUCAUAAUAGACUAAAGCCAUAGUCUCUUCUAAAAUGCUUAUUGUUGGACAUGUAUAGAGGUUCUUUAGAGUGACUUCAGUAUCUAGCAUAUGGAAGAGGGUAUUUUGGUAUUGGCUACAAAAGGGCAUUUAGUAAACUCCAAUGUUUCUUAACAAUCCAACCCUUCAUCUCUUGUAUUACAUUAAAAAUGGUCUGUUCCCA